AUAUAUGUCUCAAUAAUAAAACUCAAAUACACUCAAAAUUGAGCAUUAUUUAGUUGGGAAAACACUAGGUGUAGGAGCUUCUGGGAAAGUUAAGCUCGCAAAACAUGAUAUAACUGGUAAGGAUGUAGCAAUAAAAAUAAUAAAUAAAAAAAAAUGACAAGUAAAAAAAUGAGUAGCAAAAUAAAAAGAGAAAUUAGAUUACUUAGAUUUUUCAACCAUUAAAACAUUAUAAGAUUAUACGAAGUUUUAGACACAAACACUGAUAUUUUUGUCGUUACCGAAUAUAUUCCCGGUGGAGAUUUAUAUGAUGUUAUAGCAUCUUAAGGUCGUUUACCAGAUUAAGAAGCAAAAAAGUAUUUUCGAUAAAUAGUGGCAGGUAUAGAUUAUUGUCAUAGAAAUUUAGUUGCUCAUAGAGAUUUAAAACCCGAGAAUAUUCUCAUAGAUGAAAAUAAUAAUAUUAAAAUUGCCGAUUUUGGACUUAGUAAUAUUAUGAAUGAUGGAAAAUAUUUAAAAACAUCAUGCGGUUCUCCAAAUUAUGCAGCACCAGAAGUUAUAUCUGGGAAACUCUAUUGUGGAACUGAAGUAGAUACAUGGAGUUGUGGAGUUAUUUUGUUUGCAUUAUUAGCCGGAUAUUUACCUUUUGAUGAAGAAGUUAUACCUGCCUUAUUUAAAAAAAUAAAAGAAGCUGAUUUUUUAAUGCCUGCGUUUUUCUCGGUUGAAGCUAAAGAUCUUAUAUAUAGAAUUUUGAGGCCUAAUCCAGUAGAAAGAAUAAAAUUUCAUGAAAUAAGGUUUCAUCCUUGGUUAAGAGAAAAUAUUCCUUUUUAUAUCGAAAUUUUUAAUUUAAAUACUAGAAUGGAAAAUAAAAAAAUAAAUGAAGAAAUAUUCAAAAAACUAAUUGGCUUAAAAAAUAUAAAUUUCCAUAAUUUAACAGAAGAAAAAAUUAGAAAAGUUAUUAAAAAAAGAGAUGAUUAUUCAUUUGUUAUUGCAUAUGAUUUAUUAUAAGAUGAUUUUAAUAAAACUAAUAAUAAAAAUUAAGAAAGUGUAGAAAAUACUUUUAUUUUUAGACCUGUAUAAGAUGAUUGUGCUAUAGAAACAAAUAAUGCUUAUAUUGAUUAAAUAUUUAAUUAAGGAUAUAUGGAAAUGGAUUAAAUAUCGAAGAGUAAAAACAAAGAAAUAAAAACAAUGAUGAUUAAUAUAUUAAUAUUAUUGGGGAAAAUGGAAAUGGAUAAAAUGCCUAAUGAAAAAGACCACAUUGUUGAUGUUAUUUUAAAUAAAGGACAUCCUAUUAUCUUUUUAGAAUUAUUUAAUUAGUUUUUAACUUUAAUUAAUAAAAAUAUUUAAUUAAAUUGA